AGCCCCCUUCUUCCUCCCCUCGCCUUUCCUCCACCUCCUCCCCUGCCUCACCGGCUCCUCCCCCCAAAUCCGCCUCCCCCGAUUUCCUCCCCGCCUCGCGGUUUCUCGCGCCUCACCGGCUGCUGCAUCACUGCCGGCGACGUACGGGCCCAGCACCGAGCCAGGCCCACAGGCCUGAUUCCCUCGUCGUGAGGCGUCGCCGUUCCCCGCCCGCCCUCUGCUGGUGGCGCUGGGCUGGCGCGGUCCGGAGGGGAGAACCGGAGAUCCGUCCGUGUCUGCUUGGAUUGGCUUCUUCUUUGUCUGAGGAUAUGAGCAAUGUACUCGCCCAAACCAGAAGCUAGUUUUGGCUCAACUCAUACCAACUCAGUUGCAAAUCAGCAGCAAAUGGAAUUAGCUGGAAACAAUAUGGGUCCUAGUAACGGAGCAAAUAACAAUAACAACCUAGCUGCAAGGCAACGCCUACGGUGGACAAAUGAACUUCAUGAAAGAUUUGUUGAAGCUGUUACCCAACUUGGUGGUCCUGAUAGAGCAACCCCAAAAGGAGUUUUGAGAAUUAUGGGUGUACCAGGAUUAACAAUAUAUCAUGUGAAAAGUCACUUGCAGAAAUAUAGGCUAGCAAAGUACAUUCCUGAUGCUUCAACUGAUGGCAACAAGGCUGAUAACAAGGACCCUGGGGAUUUGCUUGCGGGACUUGAGGGAUCUUCUGGGUUGCCGAUAUCUGAAGCCCUCAAGCUGCAGAUGGAGGUCCAGAAACGGCUGCAUGAACAGUUAGAAGUACAAAGGCAGCUGCAGUUGCGAAUUGAGGCUCAGGGGAAGUACCUCCAGAAGAUCAUUGAAGAGCAACAGCGCUUAACUGGUGUGAAAUCUGAAACUCCUGCAGCAGGUGCUUCUGUCACAGUAUCAAGUGAUCAAUUCCCUGACUCUGAGCGGACCGAGCCCUCGACUCCUGCACCGACAUCUGAGUCUCCAACUCAAGUUGGUGCUUCGAAUAGAGACACUGGAGAACGAGCUGAAGCAACCAAGAGCACCUGUCAUGGUGAUUCUCUCUCCCGUCACGAGCCACUGACCCCUGAUUCCAACUGCCAGAAUGGUUCUCCUCCUGCGAGUCCAAACCACGAGAGGGCAGCAAAGAGGCAACGGGGCAGUGGUAACGAAUUCGUAGAUGUGGAGACUGAUUUUUCCCAUCCGCGCCACAUCUUUGAGUCGAGCUUGGGCCCAGAGUUCGAGCAGUAUUCAAUGUCCUACUCAGGCCAUUAGAUUCUGAUGCCCCCAUCAUCGCUAGCUUGUUGAGCAGGGUGCGCAUGAUCUGAUCCAUGUCUGUAGGUCCUGGGUAGAAUGAUGUUGUCUGAAGGUGUGUAUUGUUGGUAGACAGAGUUGUAGGCGUCCAGUGAUUGUAUACAUGACAGCUUAUAAGUUCCUAGGUUUGUAACAUGUAUGACCUGUCUGCCGUUCAGAGGAGAUGUUGGGAGGAAGAUUCUGUUGCUGUGUGUUACUUGUACCAUGUUGGUAAUCAGUGUCGACAACUGCUUAACAUGAAAUCAGUUUGAUUUACUUCUCUAAUCUGUAACGUCUGACUUCGAUCAGAAGCUGAAGUUAAUUACAAUUGUGGAAGGCA